AUGCCAGUCAACGCGUAUCCAUCGCGCAACCCCUCCAUCUCCUCGUCGUUCGUCUCGUCGUCAACGGGAAUCCACAACCACGGAUCCAGCUACUCAAGCGCACACCCACCACGGAUCGGGCCCUGGAGGCUCGGCAAGACUUUGGGCCGAGGAGCAACAGGCAGGGUCCUCUUAGCCUCGAAUGUCACCACGGGAAAGAAGGCAGCCGUCAAGGUGGUGUCCAAGUCGAUUCUAAACACUGAGAAUGAUGACCCAAACGAGAAAGGCCGUGACUCAGCUGGUCUGUCGUACGGAAUCGAACGCGAAAUCAUCAUUAUGAAAUUGCUAAACCACAAGAACGUGCUGAGACUGUACGACGUGUGGGAAACUCAAAAAGCGCUAUAUCUAGUGCUGGAAUAUGUCGAAGGCGGAGAACUGUUUGAUUUGCUGGUUGACAGAGGCCCUUUGCCUGAAGAGCUCGCUGUGACCUUCUUCAAGCAGAUCGUCUUGGGUGCAUCCUACUGCCAUGCGCUCGGCAUCUGCCAUCGGGAUUUGAAGCCUGAGAACCUGCUUCUGGACCGGGAGUUCAACAUCAAGAUUGCUGAUUUUGGCAUGGCUGCGUUGGAGAGUAACGAACGUCUGCUGGAGACGUCGUGCGGCUCACCUCAUUACGCGGCUCCCGAAAUUGUUUCUGGACUGAGCUAUCACGGUUCUGCAUCUGAUGUGUGGUCAUGUGGUGUUAUUUUGUUUGCCCUUUUAAUGGGGAGAUUGCCAUUUGAUGACGAUAAUAUCCGCAACCUGUUGCUAAAGGUUCAGAGCGGAGACUUUGAAAUGCCACCAGAACUUUCGCCUGAGGCUCGUGAUUUGAUUUCCAAAAUGCUUACUGUCGAUCCCUCGAAGCGUAUUCAGACCCACGACAUUCUGACCGAGCCAUUGAUACUCAAGUAUCCUCUGAGUGACGAUGAUCUCAAGACCUUCAACGAGCUGCCGUCAUCGGCCUCGACAGCCAGACCGGUCAAAUCCCGGGCCGAUAUCGACCCGCAGAUUCUGGAGAAUUUGUCUAUUCUGUGGCACGGUCGUUCUACCAAAGACCUCGAAGACGCUCUGUUGAGUGAAACCCCCAAUUCCGAGAAGACCUUCUACACGCUGUUGCUCCGCUACACUCAUGACCAGCAGUCCGAUAAACAGCAUAAGCAGACCGUGACAAGGCCGUCUUCCUUGCGCAAUUCCUCGUCAAUGGCGAAUUCCCUGAAUAGCACUUUGGCCCCAAAAAGAGCACCAGGAAUGACUGGCAGUGUGAGUGUCAGCUCUGCACAUCGCCGUGGAGUCUCGUUCCAAAGCUUGCGCAAUCCAGCCUUGCCCAAAUCGUCCAAGUCUCUGUCCUCUUAUAUUCAGGAGCCAGCUGCCGAACCAGUGCCGCCUAUUCCCAACCAUUUGUUGGAAAAUGCCAUUCGCCAGCGGGCCUCCAAGGGAGAUCUGCAGAACGAGUAUGCCGUCACAGACAGAAAGAGCAAGCGGUUGUCCAUGAUGAGCAUCUCCUCCAAUAAACGCAGUUCCCAGACGUUUGGGUCUUCUGGAAGACGGUCCAUUGGACUCAAGCGUAACUCCAUUACAUCCAGACUUAUCUCGACCUAUGCCCGACUUGCUUCCGACUCCGAAUGGACUUACAUCGAUCGUGCUGCCAAGCGCACUUCAGCUGACUUUGCCACGCUUUGCGACCGAAUUUUCAGUGGGGAAGAGUUGGAAGCCGAGGCCAAGAAGGCCAGAAGGGUCUCCAAAGUUUCACCCAGGAAAAAACGCAAUUCUGUGCGUCGCAGCUCGCUAUUGGGAGCCAAAAAGCGUCAGUCGGUGAUCAUCAAGAAGGACUCAAUUCAGGAAGGUUUUGAAAAGUCCAAUGCCAAAUCCCAAGGAUCGCCUUCAAAGGUCAAAAGACUCUCAGCUUUCAUCCCAGAAUCCAAUAGGGCCGCUUCCGGGCCGAUGGAACGUGUUUCGCAAAUUUUGGACUUGAACGAGCUCAGCAAGACUAAGAGAAGAACAGCAUCCCACCAGACUGGCCGGAGGAUCUCCCUUGGAGCCCCACCAAAGCCGCUUUCCCGUCUUGAUCCAAGGAUGAAUACCUACCAGGAAUAUACUCGUCGGAAAUCGCAGGAUGCUGGUGCUUUGUUGAACGGUGGUUCAGAUGACCAAAGCGUGCUGGGGUUCGAGCCUGUUGAAGAAGACGAUGUUUCCAUUGCUCCAGACACGUUUGGCCUUCCAGAUGUUACCGAGACUGAGCAGGUUGACAAGUUGACCGAGGACUACAUGAAGGAGAUCCGUAAAUCGCGUCUUUUGAACUCCAAAUGGAACCUGCACCAGCAAGUUGCGGAUGAGAGUAAAGCCCAGAGCAAGGUGGUCAGCAGCGAAGGCGAAAGAUUACCAACCAGACUAUCUGAAGUGAAUAUUCCACAGGUCACUCGCAAAUCACGGACGUUUGCGGAUGGUCAAAAACGUUUAAGCGUUCUUUCCAUUUAUUCUACCAAGGUCUCUUCUAACAACCUGAGUGGAGUUCUUCGCGGCUCCGAAACACCUUCUGCAUUGCGUACCAGUUAUGCUGAUAGACUUACCAAUAAGCCGAAGACUUUCAGCACUAUUCUGGCUCAAGAUACUGUCGACAUGGAGCUGCAGUUGCUUCCAGAUGACGAUGAUGAUGGGCUUCGGUUUACAUCCUCCAAAAAAGAUCGGUCCAAGGUACGCAGAUCUAUGUUAUUGAACGAUUCUACUGGCCUCAAGAACAAAGAGUCUAAGGAUACUUUGAUCUCACAAGGCUCAGACCGCAAUCUGUACAAGACGUUCAAGCUACCGGAGAUUCCACAAUCGCCUGUCAAGAACCGCUCAUCCUUUGAGGUUUUCCAGGAAACCGCCGAGGAGCAGGAGUAUGAAACUGCCGAAAAUGCCUCUGGAAAGUUUUCCAGGAAAAGUUCGGUGAAGGCGGGUGGAAGUGUUAAGAAGGAUACCCCCAAGCUGAACAUGGAAGCAGCCAGAACUGAAAAAGCUGCUCCAUUGCCAGAAAUACCUGUUGAAAAACGCAAGCCUCUUGGUGAAAUUGACGUGAAGAAAAACGAACGUAAGUCGUCUUUUUUCCGCAAGAUAUCGUUUGGCCGUAAGAGCUCCUCGGGAACAGUAAUCGAGAAGGCUGCUGUUGUGGACGAGUCCCACCAGCCUCGUCGCAAGGUAUCAUUUUUUGAAACUCUUUUCGGCUCAUCGCAAACUUCUGAGCUUCCACUUCGUGAAAUUAUCACUGUUUUGAGUGAAGUGGACAUCUUUGAGGCUCUGCAUUCGUUGUUCCUAGGUUGGAAGAAGCACGGGGUCACCGAGCUGGAGGCCAUAAAGGAACGCCGUGUUCUCAUUGGGCGGAUCUCGAAGAAGAACACCAUGAAUUUGAAGGCUUGCAAGUUCCAGAUUGAUGUGACCGGAAAGGAGGCAGGGUCCAAAUUGGUGUUUACUGGCUUGAAGGGCUCGAGACGGACGUUUAACCAAUUGGUAGAUGAAAUCGAAAAGAUUUUGAGUCGUGAGCAGGUGCUGGCCUAG